UUGCCAGCAGAGUCCUUCAUUUCCUGUCCCUUAUCCUUAACCUUCUUCUAAACCCUCCCCUUCUUCUUCUUCUUCUUCUACUCAGAGAUAAAGGUAUGUCUAUCACGUCUAUACCUUCCUUGAAGACCCUAACAAUGGCGGAAUUACGCCUUCUCUCGCUGCCCUCUUUAACCUGCAACAAAUCCAAGCACCCUUUCAUCUCCAUUCCUUCUAAACCUUUUAAACUUCAGGUCUCUUGCUCCAAUUCCUCCCUCUUUCUACCAUCUCUAUCCCUCACUAGGAAAACCCGCAAUUUAUCUAUACUCACAUUUGUAGCCCAGACUUCGGACUGGGCUCAGCAGGACGACGACAACACCGUCACCAUAGAUGAAGAGGAAAGCCAAGGCGUGGAUGACGCAGAAGCUCGUCUUUCGGAUUGGGAGGUUGAGGGUGAAGGCGCAGGAGUUGAGGGUAGCGAGGGCGAAGGAGAGAGCAAUGAAGAUGAUGAAUAUUUGAAGGACGGGGAUUUUCCAGAACCCCCCGAAGAUGCAAAACUUUUUGUUGGUAAUUUGCCUUAUGAUGUUGAUAGUCAGAGAUUAGCCAUGCUUUUUGAGCAGGCCGGAACGGUGGAAAUUGCCGAGGUUAUUUAUAAUAGGAGCACUGACCAAAGUCGUGGGUUCGGAUUCGUAACGAUGAGUACAGUUGAAGAAGCAGAGAAAGCUGUCGAAAAGUUCCAUCGCUACGAUCUAGAUGGAAGACUGUUGACUGUUAACAAGGCUGCUCCAAGAGGAACAGAGCCUGAACGCCCACCCCGGGUCUUUGAACCAUCCUUUAGAGUCUAUGUAGGCAACUUGCCAUGGGAUGUCGAUAAUGAUCGCCUGGAGCAGAUUUUCAGCGAACAUGGUAAGGUUGUGAGUGCUCGGAUGGUCUAUGACAGAGAGACUGGUCGAUCUCGUGGUUUUGGCUUUGUCACAAUGUCCAGUGAAACAGAAAUGAACGAUGCCAUUGCUGCUCUUGAUGGCCAGAGUUUGGACGGGAGGGCAAUUAGAGUGAAUGUUGCUGAGGAAAGGCCAAGGCGUGGCGGCUUUUGAUUGGUGAUUAAGUAAUCGCUGGAUCAGCUGCUAUUUGGGUUCUUUUUCAUAGCUGAGAAUAAUAUAGUGCCAAUUUUCUUCCUCGAAUAUUCCCCUUUUUUGUUGUCUUGUCUUUUUGUGUCCUCUUGUUAAUUUAUUACUGCUGCUAGCCUGCUUUUUAGAUUUACAUGUCACUCUAAUUAAUUUGAUGUGCUGAUAAAUAUGAUUAAAGUUAUGAUUUGGGGUUCCAGAGAUCCUAAAGUAUA